AUGGGGUCAAGGUCAGCCUUUGUUAAGAAGGCACUUGGCUUGCAAGAUCCUCCCAAUCUACACAACAAGCUCGCGCCAGCUCACGAGUCAGAUCCAACGGUUCUAGAAUGGUUAAGCGACGGUUUCCCCUCCAAACAGCAGGUUGGACAGUAUUUUGUGAGAUUACUGCCUUUCUUGCAAUGGAUCAGACACUAUAACUUGCAAUGGUUUUUGGGAGAUUUGGUUGCAGGAAUCACGGUUGGCGCGGUCGUGGUCCCCCAGAGUAUGGGAUACGCCAAACUGGCUAAUCUUCCGGUGCAAUAUGGACUCUAUACUUCUUUCAUCGGUGUCGUUGUCUACUGGUUUUUCGCAACGUCCAAAGAUAUCACGAUAGGGCCCGUGGCUACCAUGUCAACUGUUCUCGGCAGCAUUAUACGCGACGUACAAAGGGACCACCCCGAUAUCCAAGGUCCACAAAUUGCGGUAGCAGUCACCAUUCUGAGCGGAGGUAUAAUUGCAUUUAUGGGCCUAGCACGACUAGGCUUCAUCAUUGAUUUUAUCCCAAUUCCCGCAAUUACAGCUUUCAUGGUCGGCUCUGCUAUAAGUAUCUGCUCGGGACAAGUGAAGGGAUUGCUGGGCCAGACAGCAAAUUUUGAGACGAGCACUCCUUCAUAUCGAAUUAUCAUCGACACGCUGAGAUAUCUUCCCUCCGCGCAAGGAUACGAUGCCGCCAUGGGUCUUACCGCAUUGGUGCUUUUAUACGGCCUCCGAUCAGGGUUCAACUAUGGAGCUGCCAAGAUGCCACGCUUUGCCAAGAUCUUUUUCUUUCUCGGCGCGCUCCGCACCGUGUUCAUCAUCGCUCUCUAUGCUCUUAUCAGUCUUGGCGUGAACCACCAUCGCCGCGACAAUCCCGCCUUUGCUUUAGUGGGAACAGUGCCUCAGGGCUUCGACCGAGCCGGUGUCCCAGUACUCAAGCCCGAAGUAAUCAAGCUCAUCAUCUCCCAACUACCUGCCUGUGUGAUCUGUCUCCUCAUCGAGCACAUUGCAGUCUCGAAAACCUUCGGCCGUGUCAAUAACUACACAAUUGACCCCUCGCAAGAACUUAUCGCAGUCGGUAUCACCAACCUCCUCGGUCCCUUCCUCGGCGCAUUCCCGGCAACAGGUGCUUUCUCACGCUCGGCCAUUCAAUCCAAGUCGGGAGCCCGCUCGCCCUUCACUGGCAUCAUCACCGCCUGUGUCGUCCUGAUCGCCAUGUACAGUUUGACCUCCGGUCUCUAUUAUAUCCCCAAAGCAACCCUAUCAGCCGUCAUCAUCCACGCAGUCGGAGACUUGAUCGUCCCACCUAAUACGAUCUACCAAUUCUGGCUCAUCUCACCCUUAGACGCAGUCAUUUUCGCCGUGGGCCUAAUCGUUGCAUUAUUCAGCACAGUCCCAAACAGCAUCUACACAACCGUUUGCAUCUCGGUAGCAGUUCUAUUAUUCCGCCACGCAAAAGCACCUGGCCAAUUCCUCGGCCAAGCGUGGGUAACCGACGAAAACAACCAAGUCCCACUCUUCCUACCAAUGGACGAACCGAAAGCCAACCCAAGCAUCAAAAUCGAGAAACUCCGUCCGGGAGUCUUCGUCUACCGCUUCUCGGAAGGCUUCAACUACCCCAACGCAAGCCACUACUUCGACGACCUCGUGCAAACAAUUUACAAGCACACACGCGGGACAAACGCGGAGAUAUAUACGAAAAAGGGCGAUCGUCCCUGGAACGAGCCGGUCUCUUCCAGUACCGACGAUUCGCAUCUGCCGAUGCUACGAGCUGUGAUUCUCGAUUUCUCGGCUGUCAAUAAUGUCGAUGUGACCUGUGUGCAAAAUUUGAUGGAUAUCCGCACCCAGCUGGAUCGUCGCUCGGCGCCUGUUCCUGUGCAGUGGCAUUUCGCCAGUAUCAAAAAUCGGUGGACAAAGCGUGCGCUACAUGCCGCAGGCUUUGGGUACUCGCAGUUGCCGGAGUCGAGUGAGACUGGGGAAGAUGCAGGCUCGCAUUCUUCCGAAGGAUCCGCCGAUGCAGAGAAGGGUGGGAUGGAAAUGACAGUUAGGCCUGAAGUGGCGGAUAUGUCCCUCUCAACACCUGAUGCAUUGGAGAGUGCGGGUCGGCGGUUUUUCCAUCUUGAUUUAACGAGCGCGCUGCGAAGCGUGGAUGUAUAUUUAGCUAUGAAUCCUUCGAUUUAA